AUGUCGACGGCGCCGGGGAAGAAGGGGGCGGCGGCGGUGCUGCUGCCGGUGGAGGGGCGGCGGAACGUGCUGGUGACGAGCGCGCUGCCGUACGUCAACAACGUGCCGCACCUCGGCAACAUCAUCGGCUGCGUGCUCAGCGCCGACGUCUUCGCGCGCUACUGCCGCUUGCGGGGCCACAACGUGCUCUACGUCUGCGGCACCGACGAGUACGGCACCGCCACCGAGACCAAGGCCCUCGAGGAGGGCUGCUCCCCAAGGGAGAUUUGCGACAAGUAUCAUGCAAUCCACAAGGAGGUGUAUGAGUGGUUCGGCAUCAGCUUCGAUCACUUUGGCCGCACGUCUUCCCCUCAGCAGACAGAGAUCUGCCAAGAGAUUUUCCAAAAACUGUUCGACAACAAUUGGCUCUCCGAGAACACAAUGCAGCAGCUCUACUGCGAAUCGUGCCAAAGAUUCUUAGCAGAUAGGUUCGUGGUGGGCUCUUGCCCCGUAGAGGGAUGCGACAACGACUCUGCAAGGGGCGAUCAGUGCGACAAAUGUGGCAGAUUGCUCAACUCAACUGAGCUGCUCGAUCCGAAGUGCAAGGUUUGUGAUGGUACACCGUGUGUCCGUGAUACGGAUCACCUGUUCUUGGAGCUUCCCUUGCUGAGGGAGAAACUGGAGAAGUACAUCGGUGAGACCUCUGUAGCUGGAGCAUGGAGCCAGAACGCAAUUCGUAUCACAGAUGCUUGGUUGAAGGAAGGGUUGAAACCUCGCUGCAUAACCAGGGAUUUGAAAUGGGGCGUCCCUGUCCCGCAUGACAAGUACAAGGAUAAGGUGUUCUAUGUCUGGUUUGAUGCACCAAUAGGGUAUAUUUCCAUCACGGCAUGCUACACACCUGAGUGGGAGAAGUGGUGGAAGAACCCAGAGAAUGUCGAGUUAUACCAGUUCAUGGGCAAAGAUAACGUACCAUUCCAUACGGUCAUGUUUCCCUCUGCGCUACUUGGAACUGGCGAAAAUUGGACUCUGAUGAAAACUAUUAGUGUGACUGAGUAUCUCAACUAUGAAACAGGAAAGUUCUCCAAAACUAGGGGAAUUGGAGUCUUUGGCAAUGAUGCAAAAGCCACAAAUAUUCCUGCUGAUGUGUGGCGAUACUACUUGCUUAGUAACCGUCCUGAGGCAUCAGAUGCAUUGUUCACAUGGCUAGGUUUGCAGACUAAGUAUAAUAAUGAGCUGAUAAACAAUUUGGGUAACUUCAUCAAUCGAGUCCUAAGCUUUAUUGCAAAACCAGAGGGGACUGGAUAUGGUUCCAUAGUACCUGAAGCACCUAAUGCGGAUAAGCAUUCAUUGAGUAAGUCAUUAGCAGAAACCAUUGGUAAAUUGGUUGAGCAGUAUAUUGAUGCAAUGGACAAGGUAAAACUAAAACAAGGGCUGAAGAUUGCAAUGGCCAUCUCCAGUGAGGGAAAUGCUUACCUACAAGAAAGUCAGUUUUGGAAGCUUUACAAACAAGAUCCAGCUAGUUGCGCGAUUGUGAUGAAAACUUCCAUUGGACUUGUCUACCUUCUUGCUUGUUUGCUAGAGCCUUUCAUGCCGUCCUUCUCAAAAGAUGUCUUGCGACAGCUGAAUCUCUGUCCGGAAGAGCAUAUUUCAUUCUCUGAUGAAAGAGGGGAUAGUAACAAGGCAAAAACGCCUUGGGAUCUCAUACCAUCAAACCACAGGAUAGGGAAACCUGUGCCUUUGUUCAAAGCAUUGGAUGACGAUGCAGUUGAUAGCUUCAGGGAAACAUUUUCAGGCAGUCAAGCCGAAAGGAGGUCAAGGGCUACUUAAGGAAAUCAAUGAAGUCGCUGUCCAACUGGAACCUGCAAAAGAUUCUGACUGACAUUAUAUACACUUCCUAUGUUGAUCACAAUAGUUAAGCAAAUGCCAUCUAGUUACAGUAACAUGAGUACGAAGGACAAAUGGCAAUGUAGAAGACAAAUGUUUUACCGAUUAGUAAUGAUGCAUUCAGGAAUGUACAUAAUAUGACCUUGGAGAUGCCUAAUAAAAUGUAAUGCUGAAUU